GGGAUGGCGUCUGAGCCUGCUGUUGGUACCAGAGAGGACGGUUCCCCACCGCAGAGAGCGACGGCCCCUAGCCCCAGCCCGCGUCAACCUGAGCGCCCAUUUUCGCUGAAUCCACCCAGCUCCGCAGCCGGGGAUGGAUCCGCAAAGGCCGGCGGUGGAGCGGGUGGGGGAUUUCAGAGCCCGGAGGGUGGCCCCUCCCUCUUCCCCUUGCCCUCUCCUGAGGCUAGCAGCCCCACCGGCAUGGCUGAUCAUGCUGAGCAAGGCGAUUUUGGAGCUGAUCAUGAAGAUGACCUUUGCAGAAACGGCGUCGUGACAGGAUUCGCAGGACAGGCGCCCUCCAUCAAUGGCACUCCCGGGGACCCGGGGAUCUUUGGCACCGAGCUGGCUCCUGGGGUGUGUGGUCUUCCGGCCCUCGCUGGCAGCCUCUCUGCAUCCAAAGGCGCUGCUGUGCCUGCUGGAGCCUGGGGCUGUGCGCCUCCUGUCUCUCGGGGCUUCAAAGAGGAACAGGACUGGUGCGACUCCCAAGAGCAGCUCGCCAUCCCCGGCCAUGGCGCAGCGUGCCCCAGGGCUGUUUCUCCAGGCGUCUCGGCCUUCCAUGAACCCCGCGUUCCCAAGGCCUUAGCAAGCAGGCGCCCAGAAGGCUCUGCCGGUCCCAUGGACUUAGGAGAUGAAGCGCUCCUUCCUUCUCUGUUAGAGGCGGCCGAGGAACCCCCUGGGCAGCUGGCGUCUGACGAGGACCCUGGGCCCUGCUCCGCUGCUUCUCCAGGCCUUGAGGAAGGCGCCUCCUCCGUGUCAAGGGAGCAUCCCAGCACUUCAGGCGCUCACGCCCACAGCACUCCGUGCCCUGCAGCGCCAGGAACAAAGAGCGGCGUUGUGAAAGAUUGGGCGUCCUCCGAGCAAGACGUGGAGUUCCAGUUGCAGGAGUGCCAGGCCGUGCUCGGGGAGAUCUCACGGUCCCUGGAUGAGGUGGAAGGGAUUGAUGGCUUGCACAUGGAGAAGUGGAGGAAUCAGAUUGCCGUUAUCCAGAAGGCUACAAAAAUGCCCCAGACCCACAUAGCUGUGGUGGGGAACAUGGGCUCGGGGAAGAGCUCUUUGCUGAAUGCCCUGCUGGACGCGGAGGCCGUGCUGCCCACCUCGGCCAUGAGAGCGUGCACGGCGGUGGUGGUGGAGAUCUCCAGGGCUGCAGCGGGCAGCCCCUACGAAGCAGACGUGGAGUUCCUCUCCCGCGAGGAGUGGUAUAAGGAGCUGAGCGCCCUCCUUGAAGACAUGAAGGACAAAGCUGGCAAUUUCAAAAAACGAUGCCCGGAUCGCAACACGGAAGCCGGGGCCGCCUACAGUCGAGUGAAGGCGGUCUACGGGAGAGUAGAUGAGCUGGCGAAGCUGGAGGGGAUGCAGGAGGUGACCCAGUACCUCGGCACCGUCCAACACGUCGCUGCUGACACGGCAACAGACUUCCGCACAAACAUUGAGAGAUUCAUUAAUUCUCGCACUGAUAAUUUGCGGGAGAUGAAAGGGGGAGAAUUUUGGCCGGUUGUGAAAUGUGUAAGAAUCCGUAUUGCUAAAGCUGAGGUUUUGAAAACCGGAGCCGUGCUGGUGGACUUGCCUGGAAUCCGAGACUCCAACGCCGCCAGGGAUAAAGUAGCCAAAGAGGCAAGGACAACGCUUGUGACGUGA